UGGCUGCUGCUCUCACUGUAGUACUCUAUCACCAGGCUUUCUCAGCUACUUGAGGCCUGCUGAACAUUUCUUAGCGAUGCACAUCACAGAUCUUAACAGAGAGUGCCUCGUGCACUUAUUCUCCUUCCUGGACAAGGAGAGCCGGAAACAAUUCUCUGAAACGUGCCGUGACCUGCGCGAAGUUUUCCUUGACCCGGCUCUGUGGACUUUGUUGAACUUUCACUCGCCCUCUGAGCUGAAGAGGGACAACUUUGUGCUGGGCUCAGCCCUGCGGUACCUGUGUGUGUGCUGGCACUCGAGUCGGGUGAAAGUGUGCAACAUUGAGGACUGGCUGAAAACCACAUUCCAGAAAGACAUCUGCAGCAAGCAUGAAAGCACCGUCAGUGACUUCUUACUCAAAGUUCGCAACAAGUGUCCUAACCUGCUGUCUCUGACCCUGUCGGGAUGCGGUCACGUCACAGACCAGGACAUCACGCUGCUCCUGCAGAGCUGCCCCAGGCUGCGGACCCUGCGUCUGGAGAACUGCGUGCGGCUCACUGACUGCACUCUGCAGGCCCUGGUGCGUCAUGGGCGCAGUCUUCAGGCAGUCCAGGUGGAUUUCUGUCGGAACGUGACCCAGGACGGACUGCGGCUGGUGCGGGAGAGGCGUCCUUCGCUGGAAUUGACUGCAGAAAGGAGCGGCGGCAUGAUUCCUGACAGCAAACCGGGAGAGAAGCUACAGCUGGGGAGAACGCUACAAAAACUAUUACAAUACUCCUGAAACGCAUUUGAAAGAAAAAGUGGAGUCUAUUAAUCAGAAGUUGAUUAUGAAUAUAUGUUUUUGUACAACGUUUUAUUAUAUUCAAAAAUAUGAUUUUUAUUUUAAAUUCUCCUGCACAGACAUUUCUAACUGUUUUGUGCAGUGGGAGGAGUGCUUGGUUGGGUAUACAAGCAUGUGCAACUACACAAAACAAGCACAUCUGAUUUGAAUCUUAACACAUUUUAUUUAUUAGAAUAAAAUUUCGCCUGUAAACUAAUUCUCAAGUGCCUUUAUCUAUGGUUCUUUACCAGUUGCAUUCUGAUUCCUUGUUUGUGAGUUCAGCUAUGGCCAAGUGUUUAGCAUCACCUAGAAUUUUAGGAUUGAGACAUAGUAAGAAAAAAAAAAAAAAAAC